GAGGCUUCACUUCCUGUGCAGCCUCGCAGUCACAACAAGAGGAGGAAGAGGAAAAACGACAGCUUUGGAUCUGGAUCGUCGUCGACUGCCUUGCGUGACAACACAAGGACCGCGUUCAGGCUCUGGUUGCAACGUUUCCGACCUGCACCAUGUCUGACCUACUGAGAUACAUCGACUACGACCACAAAGCCACCUUCCUGAAGAUGCUGAACCAGCAGAGGAUGGAAGGGGAGCACUGCGACGUGGUGGUUGUGGUGGAAAACAUCGAGUUCAGGGCUCACCGCUGCGUCUUGGCGGCCUGCAGUAACUACUUCAAAAAGCUCUUCAAGAAACAGAGCGAGGAGGACAACUCCAUCGUGGAGCUGGACUUCAUCCGCUCCGACAUCUUUGAGGAGGUGCUCAACUACAUGUACACGGCCAGGCUGGCUGUGAGGAAGAAGGACAUCAACAUGAUGAUGUCGUCUGGUCAGAUCCUGGGGAUCAACUUCCUGGACAACCUGUGCACCCAGAAACGGGAGCUGACCAACAUGAAGACGCGCGAAAACCAGGCUCCCGGUGACCACGGGAUGAGGGCGCAGGACGCCAUCCUGAAAGAGCUGGCCAUGGAGGAGGUGAGGAAGAACAGUUUCUACGACCAGGGCAUGGACGGCAUGGGGCCCGGCGGCUCGCACGUGUCCCAGCCGCACAACUACAACACCAGCCUGGCCAAAGACCCUCACAGCCACAGCUGGGGCUCCUCCACCUCCAACGACAUGAAGCUGGAGUAUCUGCUGUACGGCCACCGCGACCACGGCUCCUGCCAGAGCGCCGGGGCCAAGCCCUUGGACCACAACGCCAAAAAGGAGCGGCUUCUGACCGCCAACCGUCCGUACGGCUGCGAGCACUGCCCCAAAGCCUUCACCACCGCCGCCCACCUCAAGGAGCACCUGAAAAUCCACUCGGGCUUCAAGCCGCACCGCUGCGUCGUGUGCGGCAAAGCCUUCAUCAGGGGCCCAGACCUGAAGCGGCACGAGCGGGUCCACAGCAACGAGAGGCCCUUUGCGUGCCAGCUCUGCGAAAAGGCCUUCAAGCACAAGUCCCACCUGAAAGACCACGAGCGGCAGCACCGAGGCGAGCGGCCCUUCAACUGCGGCUCCUGCGACAAAGCCUUCAUCAAAGCGUCAGAUCUGAAGCGCCACUGGAACACCAUGCACAGCGGCAACCCGCGCAGACAGAUGUCCCUGUCCCCGGUGGCGUCCCAGCACGGCCAGGCGGACGCCCCCGACCAGAGAGACUGGAAGCUGGAGACCGGGCCACACUCGCACAACUCAGGAGACUGCUGAACCCGCAGCACACUCACACACACACACGCCCCCUUUGAGCCCACGACCGACCAUGGGACGAGCCGCACGGCCCCGGGGCCGGCGGACCGCGGUCAGAGUGAGCAACCAGAGAUCAUAGCAUGUUCAUCAGGCUGUGAGGCUGUAUUAUUAUUCUAAAGAGUUAUGUCAAAGCUGUUUCCUUUCCACCUGUAAAGUCAUGUAAAUGUUUAGUUCACUCUACUAUACAUCUAUUUUUCACAAAGCAUUGUUGCUAUCUAGACCGAGGGUUCUCAUAACAUUUUUCUCUUUUACUUUAAUGAGAUUUGUAACAUUUAAAUGUUUCUUUAACCUUUACUGGAUUUUAUGGAGAUAAGAGAGACGCAGAAACCGGAGAGAAAAGACGUGUCUGCAUAACAUUUGUUGCAUUGACUAUAUUCAUGUGGAUGUUUUUAAUGGAUGUGUUUAGUUGUAUGGAUUAAUAUGACACUGUAAAAGUUCUCCAUUUGACAUUGGAAGCAGAUGAUACCAAAGUCUUGGGCGUCGGAUGGAUUGUCUUUAGAGGCUGUCCUGCCCAAGCGGCCGGCCUACUAGAUUUACUGUUAUACAGUAUAACCGUCAACCAACUAUCAACAGGUAAUGAUAGGUGUCUGUAUAUACUGUAGCUUAGAUUGUUGCACAGCUAGAGUACAUGAGAAUGAAUUAUGCACAUAUAGCAUUGUCCUACUCCCACACUUUGACAAUAAACACCAUUUGCUGUGUUUUA